GAAUGGGAAAGUGGCUUUUUGCGUUGUGUUGAUGUAUGGUAUUUGAAUGGUUACUUUGUUUAACAAAUACGCUCGUUCACCGGCUGUGUUCAAAAGGAUGCUUUAAUCAACAUCGCUAUUGGUAAUAAGGAUUCAUAUAAAUUUAAAAUAAAUGUAUGCCACCGUGUUGAACUUGCGCGAUACACACAGUUUUUCCGGACUUAUUGACCCGAUUUACGAAUGCGAUUAUGAAGAUUGCUGAGUAAACAUUACUAAAAAAUGUUCAUAUGUUAUUAGCACCUGGGUCAAUUACAUGCUAUAUCAACACGUGUUUCGUGACAGGGACUUAAUCUACGAAAGGAUUAUAAUAAUAGUCCUGACCUAAACAUUUUGUUAAAUGGCACCUGUAUGAUUAAUUGAGAAAUAGACCAUGCUGUUAAUGAGGAUUUACUGUAAUUGUUUUGUGCUAAGAAAUCUUAGUAGAUCUCUAUGUCAGUGUUAGUGUCAACCUGUUUUCUAUAAGGAGGCCAUACACGAAGAAUGGAAUUCUGGAUAUAAAAAGUCCAUAUCGUUGGCAUGUUUUUAAAAAGCGCAUGAUAUGAUGACAAUAACAUAUAUCAAACCUAUACAUUAAAAAAAACAUCACUUUUGACAAGUUUCUGAAUUCAGGACUUGGGGUUGAUUCGCCAUGAGUAAAUCCUAUCUUCACGUUCAUUUACCGAGAGUUCCGAUGUUCCGGAGACCACUUUCGGCUAGAACCGGAGAUUCCCGAGCAGCACCGAAGCUGAAGGAUACACAUAACUUGAAUCAUUACAUACUGAUCACUGAUGACAUGCUAGAAGCAUUUAAGCAUCGAGUUGCUAAGUCGAGUAAAGUUACUUUAAAACUUAAUAAUGUCAAGUACAAAGAGCGAAAGAAAACCUUGUCGAAAUCACAGUUUCCUUUCGUGACUGGGGAUAGACGUCGAGACAUGCAUGGGAAAUGUUACUCAAGCCUCGAUUUAAAGGACGCAAUAGCACAUCGCCCAGUUCGCGUGUUUGUUGACGAUAUCACACAAUGUUUUAGCAGGAGCGUGACGUUAAACGAUGUGGACGACAACGUUAACGUAUUAGGAGGUGACGUUUACAGCGGAUCUCACAGAUGGCGCUCCAAACACUUCGAACUCGCAUCCCAAAUACACAGGAGCAUGGAUGCCGAAGACGAAGGCAAUUUUCGAGACACCGUCGUAGAAACGGUGGCGCGCGCAAACACGACAGUCACGGAGCAAUCGCAAGUUUUACCGGAAAUCCGUGCAGCGCCAUGCCCAAUACACACCAAAAGACACGAAAUAUAUGGAGCCUUUAGCACAGACAUUCGUUACCCACGUAGACACACGCAUUUACAGUUCGCACAUCAAGCAAAUAAUAGUUCUAGUCCACAAACGAAGGAAGAGGGAAAAUCCACGAACGUGCGAAUCCCAGAUCAAAUUCCCCCGACGAAACCGCCACCCAUGUUGCCUAGGAACAUGUCAUCUAAGGAUUACGUCAUGACAUGGCUAGUUCACGGAUCAGACCCAUCGGAAUCAAACCAUUUUCCUGAAAUAAUUCCGAAUACUAUGAAAUCUCCAAACAAAAAACAGAAAUCAAAAUCUGAAUCAAGACUCAAAAGAGCUAGUAUUGUGGACUAAAUGGAACACAUAUGAAAAUGUUAAAUAUUGUACGCACUGAAGUUUUGUUGUCGUUAUGUCGUUGUUAUUUUAUAGUUAUUGUUAAUAGUAUAGUUGAUCAUUGCAAUUAGAAUCAAAUCAUGUUCAUGAUAUUUAAAAUAAGUUGAUCAGAAGCCCAGUGAUGCCGUUUUGUAUGUAUUUCGUCCCUGAUGGACUCAUUGAGUUUAUUUCUCCGCAACACUGACCAGAACAGAACAGAACAGAACAUAUCUUUAUUUAACUCAAGUUACAAUUGCAACAUAUGAGUAUACAGAACAAUAUUGUCAUAUAAACAUAAUUUUCACAUGACAUGGUUAGAUAAGAUCUACUAAGAAAGAUAAGUAACAUACAUUUUCCUAGGUAUAAUUAUUUAGGGAAUUGGAAAGGGGGGUGGGGUGUCCAGUUGAUUUUUGACCUAGUUAUUGGACUUUUACAUGGGCGUAGUACAUUUUAAAUGUAUAGUAACCUCAAAUAAUGAAACAGGCUAUAGGUUACAAGCGCGUAGAGAAGUAAUUGACGGGUGACGUAAGCAUGUUCACGUGAGUUAAUCAGGUCAGUGUAACAGGCAUGAGAGUUGUGUUGACAUGUGCGAUUCACGCUUGUUUGACAACUUUGGAGUUGUUUUUUUUUAAAGCAUGUGGAAUAAUAUUGUGCUUUUUACCGGAUAUAUCUGUAAACAUUCUUCAAUGAUUAACCAGAGGCACCACAUUUGGACCUGUACAUGGGGUGAGUUUAAUAUUCUCAUGUUAUUGAUAAUUUGUAGCAGUCUAGCUAGGAUACUGUCGGAAAGGUAGUUAUGAUGUCUGUACAACAAAAUUAAUUGAACAUGGUACAAAAUAUUACAACCUCGAUAUUGCAACAAAACAAACGGCGGCUGAAUGCACAAUAGGUAAAGAAAAUCAGUACAUGUAGUUCUUAAUAUGUGUCUUACACUAUAACAAGGA